AUGCCUUCGCCAGGUUUUGGCGUCUUUGUCGAGUAUACAUCGACAGCGCUCUCUUUGUUUUGUUUACCAAUAAAUGUGAUGUUUGUGAUCAUGGUGCUGCGAGAAUCAAGGCAUCCCAUCUUAGGAACUCCAUUUUUUCGACUCUGCAUCCACUUGUCGAUAGCCGACAUUUUGAUGGCCGUCGUCUCAUUGGUGCUCUUCAAAAUGCCGAUUUUCGGCUGGCUGCCCGAUUCGAUUUUCACUGAGAGCUGGGCCGUUAUACCGAUUGCUUGUAUCAACUAUUUUGGGCAUGCACAAGCGAUCGGCAUCAUUUUCAUCGCUUUCAACAGAUUUACGGCCGUUUACUACCCGAUAAAGCACAAGCAAUGCUGGUGGAAACCUGGGGCCACAGCAAUUCUGAUGUUGGUGCAAUGGACGUUGCCCUGUUUAAUGGUUUUGCCACUUUUCUUCACGAAAUUCACCUUUGUCACUGAUCAUCUGACCGGCUCGGUUUCGGUGACCGCCAGCGAUCCGAUUGUGCAUAAAGCGUAUUUUAUCGGUGUUGCUUUCGUCGACGGGGUCAUUGUGAACAUUAUCGUUUCGGCGCUUUACAUUGGCAUUUUUACACGUGUUCGAUCACAUGUGGUUGUGCGUCGACCCGAGCAACUGGUGGCCCGAUUAGCUCUUUCCGCUUUUGUCAUCUUCAUCUCCUACCUCGCAUUGGGCAUCUUUUCAGUCUUGUCCGCACUUGCGCCCCCAAAUGAGACUUGGACUUACAGCUAUCGAACAGUGUGGUUUGUGGUUAAUGAUGUGCUUUGCGCGAGCAAUGCCCCGGUGCUACUCGCGCUCAAUCGCCCGAUUCGCCGACUUUUUCUUAGCCGACUCGGAUUUGAGAGCAAAUCAAGGGUUUGCCGAGAAAUAAAAGAGAGUCAACCGUUGGACUUAGCGCCGUCAAUCACUAAUCUU